AUGGAGAAUAGUUUAUGCAAACAGGUGUUGUUCGUGAGUACGAAGUUCCUGAUAAUCGCGGUGAUAUUUCAGACACUGUGUUUCACCAAAGUUUCUCCAGUGAAUUAUGAAUAUCCACCAAAGGUCUACAAUGUCGGUGUUCUCAUGGCUUCCCAUCUGAAUAGUCCCUUCGAUCUUGAGAGAUGCGGACCAGCCGUCGACUUGGCGUUGGCCGAAGUAAACGACUUUUUAAGCGUGCACAAUGUGAAAUUGCGCAAAGUUCAAGAAAGUUACCCAUCAUGCAGCGGAGCCGCAGCACCAGGUUUAGCGGCGGACAUGCAUUUCCGGGAUAAGGUGAUCGCGUUUAUCGGUCCAGCAUGUGCUUUCGCUCUCGAACCCGUUGCAAGACUCGCCGCCUAUUGGAACACUCCCAUAAUCACUGGAAUGGGUGACCAACCGCCAUCGGAAGGGGAACUGUCCGUAACAUCGGGGAUCCUUGGAAGAAUCAAUAAGUGGAAAAACGAAAGCUCGGGAAUUUUUAAAGACAAGAGCAAGUACCCGACGCUAACAAGGAUGUCCUAUUGCCAGUGUCGUCUUCGAUUAGUAUUCUCUAGUAUCUUUAAAGAAUUUGGGUGGUCUCACGUAGCAUUGAUAUUAGAUAGAUCGGAUCUGUUCUCGUGGACGGUGGGAAAAAAUUUGGAGUAUGGUUUGAGGAAAGAAGGUCUGUUAAAAUUCGUGAGAGAACUCGAUGGUAAUUCUGAGGAUGAGUCGUACCAUCUUUAUUUACGGGACGCUAGUAUGUACGCAAGAGUGUUGAUUCUUAGCGUUCGAGGAAUUCUAGUCAGGAAAUUCAUGUUAGCUGCUCAUGACUUAGAAAUGACGAGGGGAGAUUGGGCUUUUCUCGACGUUGAGAUAUUUCAAGGAUCCUAUUGGGGCGACCAUGACUGGGAGGUCGGCGAUGAAGACGAUGCUAUUGCAAGAAAAGCCUAUGAAGCACUGCUCAGAGUAUCUCUUUUACAACCAACCAGUCCGAGGUUCCAAGACUUUGCAGAAACUGUUCGUCAAAGGGCUCAAAUCGACUACAAUUAUUCUUUCUCAGAGGGAGAAGAAGUGAAUUUCUUUAUCGGAGCUUUCUACGAUGGCGUGUACUUGCUCGGAAUAGCAUUGAACGAAACUUUAACCGAGGGUGGAAACAUCACAGACGGCAUAUCGAUAACGAGGAGGAUGUGGGACCGGGACUUCAUUGGUAUUACGGGGCACGUGAGGAUCGACGACAAUGGCGACCGCGACGCGGACUACAGUAUCCUGGAUUUAGAUCCUAUCACGGGAAGGUUCGAAGUGGUAGCACACUAUUUGGGAUUAAAUCGAGAGUAUAGUCAUGUGACUGGAAAGAAAAUUCAUUGGCCUGGAGGAAGAGAGGGUCCACCAGCGGAUAUUCCUGAAUGUGGAUUUUUAGGAAAUGAUCCUGCUUGCACUUCGAGAACCGAGGCUUACACCUUUGUUGCUUAUACUAGUUUGGCUCUUGUUGUGUUUUUGCUAGUCGCUGUUACCGCGACUUGUGUAUUGUACAGACACUUGAGACUGUCAGCUGAUCUGAAUAACAUGUCCUGGAGAAUCAGACCAGAAGAAUUGCUUUUGGAGAUAGGAAAGCCUUUUUCUUCGAAGAUCAAUCUGCACCAAGCAAUAGCGGAGAAUUUUGGAUUGGAGCAACGGAUUCGUCGAGGAUCGCAAUUUAGUUGCGAAUCUUUACCUACAACCACGGUGUUCACUGCUGUUGGAAUUUAUAAGGGAGAAAGAGUGGCUAUUAAAAAAAUUACUAAGAAAAAAGUGGUUGAUGUCACGAAGAAAUUACUCUGGGAGAUUAAACAAGUACGAGAUGUUACUUCAGAAAAUACUGUCAGAUUUAUCGGUGCAUGUCUCUGUUCUCCAUCACCAACAGUAUUAAUCUUAACAGAAUAUUGCCCUCGAGGUUCCUUGAAGGAUGUACUAGAAAACGACGCUAUUAAAUUAGAUUGGAAUUUUCGAAUGUCUUUGAUCCACGAUAUCGUCAAGGGAAUGUCUUACCUCCAUGCCAGCGAGGUUUCAGCUCACGGAAAGCUUCGUUCCUGCAAUUGCUUGAUCGACAGUCGCUUCGUUCUAAAAAUUUCAGACUUCGGUCUUAAAACCCUCACUACCCCUUCUGACCUAAUUAUGGAUGAUGAUUAUUAUACCAAAUUGCUUUGGGUCGCCCCAGAACUUCUACCUUCGACUGUAACACCUGGCAGUGCAGCGACUCAGAAAGGGGAUGUUUAUAGUUUCGCAAUUAUUCUGGAAGAAAUUGUAAUUCGUGGUGGCCCAUAUGAAUCUGUAAAAUCAUUUAUGACAUCCCAAGAGAUCGUUAGCCGCGUUGCAGCAUCAGAAACGCCAUGGUUUAGGCCGGAAGUGACACCAAAGGACUGUCCACCAGAUAUUCUAUCCCUCAUGGAAAAAUGCUGGAAUGAAGUCCCAGAAGAACGACCAACAUUUCAUACAAUUCGUGAAACUAUACGUGGCAUUAUGAAAGGAUACUGCAAAAAUUUAAUGGAUGAUUUAUUAAGACGCAUGGAACAGUAUGCAAAUAAUUUAGAGGCCCUCGUAGAAGAGAAAACGGAGCAGCUAAGUUUAGAAAAACGGCGUAGUGAAGAACUUCUUUAUCAAGUACUUCCGAGACAGGUAGCAUGCCAGCUAAUGGCUGGAGAAUUGGUACAACCAGAGCAAUUCGAAUGCGUGACCAUUUAUUUCAGCGAUAUAGUUGGUUUCACAGCUCUCUGUGCACAAAGUACACCAAUGGAAGUGGUUGAUUUCUUAAAUGAUCUUUACAGUACUUUCGACCGUAUUAUUGGAUUUUACGACGUUUAUAAGGUGGAAACAAUAGGGGAUGCAUAUAUGGUAGUGUCUGGCUUACCAGAAAGAAACGGUGAUGAACACGCGAGGGAAAUUACUUUAAUGGCUCUAGCAAUUCUUGAUUCUGUACGUUCUUUCACCAUAAUGCAUAAACAAAAUGCACAGCUGAGUGUCAGGAUUGGUGUACACAGUGGACCAGUUUGCGCGGGUGUAGUUGGUCAAAAAAUGCCACAUUAUUGCCUUUUUGGGGACACAGUGAAUACUGCAUCAAGGAUGGAGUCUUCAGGACUACCAUUGCGCAUACAUAUCUCUGAGGCAACAAAAUGUAUAUUGGACAAAUUUGGAACAUUUGAUUUGGAACUUAGAGGUGACGUAGAAUUAAAGGGAAAAGGACGAGUCACUUCCUACUGGCUGAAAGGUUGCUCUGAACCAGAUCCAAGGCCACCAACUCCAAAAUAUCGCAAUCAUAGUGUUAGUACACCAGAAAAUAAUCUAAAUCCCUUAAUUUUUCCGCCUAAUAAUACAAAUGGUCCGAAAGCUAAUAACAAUACAUUUAUUAAUUUAUCCGAAUUGCAACAAAGCGUUUAA